UAAAAUAUUAUAUUCUCUCCCAAACAAGAACUAAAAGUCUAAAAUAAUAAUUGUAUGCAAAUACACACUUUAAUUAAUACCUAACCGGUCACCACCACCACUCACCACCACCGAUCACCAUGGCCGGCGUCUCCAUCGCCGCCGAGUGGCAACUCCUCGGCGACAAGUACUACCGCAAGCCCGAAAUCUACCAAUUACGCUGGAAAAACAUCGAUCUCGCCCGCAACAAGGUCGCCUGCGCCCCAUUUGGCGGUCCAAUCGCCCUCAUUCGCGACGACUCCAAAAUCGUCCAACUUUACGCCGAAUCCGCCCUCCGUAAACUCCGCAUCUUCACCUCCUCCGGCCACCAGAUCUCCGAAACCAUCUGGCGGAACCCCGGCGGCCGGUUAAUCGGCCUCUCAUGGACCGAUAAUCAAACCCUAAUCUGCAUCACACAAGACGGCACCGUUUACAGGUACGACAUUCAUUGUAAACUAAUCGAACCUAAUGUUAGUCUAGGGCACGAGUGUUUUGAACAUAGUGUUGUUGAGUGUGUGUUUUGGGGGAAUGGAGUUGUGUGUAUGAAUGAGGCGUUUCAGUUGUUUUGUGUGAGUGAUUUGGGGAACCCGAAAGUUAGUAAGUUAGCGGAUACCGGGCUUGAGGAGUUUCCGGUGUGUAUGGCGGUUAUUGAGCCGCAGUAUACGAUGUCGGGGAAUGUUGAGGUGUUGUUAGCGGUUGGGGAUCAUGUGUUGUUGGUUGAGGAAGAUGGGGUGCAGACGGUUGGUGAAGGGUUGGGACCGUUGCAGAAGAUGGUUGUUUCGCAUAACGGGAAGUUGAUGGCGUCGUUUACUCAUGACGGGCAGCUUCUUGUCAUGCCUACGGAUUUUUCCAGCAUUAUUUUCGAGUACGCUUGUGAGUCUGCACUUGCUCCGGAGCAACUUGUUUGGUGUGGGAUGGACAGUGUGUUACUGUACUGGGAUGAUAUGCUUCUGAUGGUGGGCCCAUAUGGAGAUCCGGUUCGUUAUCUUUAUGACGACCCGAUUAUCCUUAUCCCGGAGUGUGAUGGAGCGAGGAUAUUGUCCAACUCGAACAUGGAGUUUCUACAACGGGUCCCGUCUUCUACCGAGUCGAUCUUUAAGAUUGGGAGCACAGAACCAGCAGCUUUGUUGUAUGAUGCUUUGGAUCAUUUCGACCGACGAAGUGCAAAGGCUGAUGAAAAUUUGAGAUUGAUACGCUCAUCACUGCCUGAAGCUGUUGAAGCCUGUGUUGAUGCUGCAGGUCACGAGUUUGAUCCUUCGCUGCAACAGACGUUACUUAGAGCUGCGAGCUAUGGCCAAGCGUUUUGUAGCCAAUUUCAGCGUGAAAGCAUUCAGGAAAUGAGUAAAACACUACGGGUUUUAAACGCUGUUCGCAGCCCAGAGAUUGGUAUUCCACUCAGUAUACAUCAAUACAAGUUGCUCACGCCGUCAGUUUUGAUCGGCCGAUUGGUUAAUGCCCACCAACAUCUGUUAGCACUCCGGAUAUCAGAUUACCUUGGAAUGAAUCAAGAAGUGGUUAUCAUGCACUGGGCUUGUGCAAAGUUAUCAGUAUCAUCGGCGAUUCCUGAUGCUACUCUUCUUGAAAUUUUACUAGAUAAGUUAAAGUUGUCUAGAAGCAUUUCGUAUGCUGCAGUUGCUGCUCAUGCAGAUCAGAUUGGUCGCCGGAAAUUAGCAGCUAUGUUAGUCGAACAUGAGCCUCUUUCCUCAAAGCAGGUUCCUCUGUUACUCGGUAUAGGGGAAGAAGAUACAGCCUUAUCAAAGGCAACCGAAAGUGGUGAUACCGAUCUUGUCUAUCUUGUUCUGUUUCACAUAUGGCAGAAGAGGCCAGCACUGGAGUUAUUUGGAAUGAUACAAGCUAGACCUCUUGCGCGCGACUUAUUUAUAUGUUAUGCACGAUGCUAUAAGCAUGAGUUCUUGAAGGAUUUCUUUCUUUCUACCGGUCAGCUUCAUGAUGUUGCUUUCUUAUUAUGGAAAGAAUCAUGGGAAACAGCGAAGAAUCCAAUGGCGAGUAGAGGAUCUCCACUUCAUGGUCCACGAGUAAAACUCAUCGAGAAAGCUCAAAAUCUUUUUGCGGAAACCAAGGAACAUGUUUUUGAGUCAAAGGCUGCUGAAGAGCAUGCAAAAUUACUAAAAUUGCAGCAUGAGCUGGAAGUAAGUACAAAGCAACCUAUAUUUGUCGAUUCAAGUAUUAGUGAUACAAUUCGGACAUGCAUAGUAUUGGGCAAUCAUCGGGCUGCUCUAAAAGUUAAAACCGAAUUUAAGGUUUCGGAGAAACGAUGGUAUUGGCUCAAAGUUUUCGCGUUGGUAACAAUAAGGGACUGGGAUGCGUUGGAGAAGUUUUCUAAGGAGAAACGGCCUCCAACUGGUUUUAAGCCAUUUGUGGAGGCUUGCAUUGAUGCUGAUGAAAAAAGUGAAGCCGUUAAGUAUAUUUCAAAGCUUGCAGAUCCUCGUGAGAAAGCAGAGGCGUAUGCACGAAUAGGCAUGGCAAAAGAAGCAGCUGAAGCUGCGUCACAGAGUAAAGAUGGCGAGUUGUUGGAGCGCCUUAAAAACACUUUACAACAGAAUACAACUGCUUCUUCGAUUUUUGAUACUCUCAGGGACCGACUCUCAUUCCCAGGCGUUUCGUAGUCUUCAUGACGUGUGCACGUGCGUUUUGAUCUUUAUUUGCGGGUAAUUAAAUUGUCAAUAAAAAUUAGUCUGUGUGUAAAAGUGUGUUGUAAUAACAAAUUUAUCGAUUCUGGAAAUUUUCUGCUUCUUAAUCGGGUGUGUGUGUGUUAAUUUAUGUUUUUGGCUUGUAAGUCGUUCAAUAGAAGGAAAACGUUUUGGAUUUCGGUUUUAGUUUCUUGUUCAUAAAUUUGAAUUUGUGAAAAGUUUGUAUCGAUGAAGUUGAUGUUGAAUUUGAUCCUUGUUGCAUUGUGUUUUUA